CUUAUCUCGCUCCGAUAACGCAUUUGCGUCUUUACGGACGUUGUGUCAAUGCUCCAGAGUGGAAGUUUACCUCUUCUAGCGGCGUAAAUAUACUUUUAUACUGGUGUACAUUUUUAAAUGUAGAGUUGAUUUAUUAUCUAACGUUGACGGGAGUACGACAAGGCGUGCCAUGGAAACCACAGGGCCUACUAAAGGGGCGUCAGGACACACAGCUGUAGGGAAAAACGACCGUGAUUACGCUCUGAAUACUCCUCAGGGAGGUGUGUGCAUCAUCAUCGAUGUUAGAAACCCUGCACGCGUUACGAUGCCGGACUCUCGCAGAGGACCGAUACCUAUAGGGAAACGUCCUGACAGCUCACUUGCGGACAAACUGCAAAAGACAUUUGAGCAGUGCGGAUUCCAGGUCAAAGUUUAUGUUGACCCUGCUAAAGAGGAGUUGUUUCAAAUCCUGAAAGAAGAGGCGAAAGACAACUGGGACGUGGUGGCCUGUUGUUUCCUGACAUUUGUGCACCCGCUGACAGAUGAACUGUGCACCAAGGACGACUCCGUGAGCACCAAAGACCUCACGGAAACUUUUAACGGGGCAAAUGCUUCUAAACUCUUGGGCAAACCCAAGCUGUUCUUCAUCCACACGUCGAAGACAAGCCAAGAAAUAACCGUAUCCAGAACAUUGAGUGACACGACGUCGGGAUAUGGGUGGCCGGAUCAGCGUGAUUUCUUCGUCUGCAUCUCGGGACAGCAAACAGAAGGCAAGGGGUCUACCGACGCAUUCAUUGAUCAUUUCUGCAAAGUAUUCGACAAGUCUGCAAAGACCAAGGAACAACAGGAGUUUACCGCGUUACUCCGAGAAGUGAACAGAGAACUUCUGAAUGCUGCAGUCGACAAGAGUGAUAUUCGAUUGCCUUCCCACAUAUCAACUCUCACAAGGCGGUUGUACUUCCGCAAGGCGUCUGAACAGUCCGGAUCUUCAACGAAAGUUCCAGGAACUGAGGACAUCAAGAAAAAGACAACCAUGCACGGAACCCUGAAAGGAAGUCAGAAAGAACUUUUAGAGAUGACGUCGACACCGGAGCAGCCACGCUCUUCCUGAAGCAGAUAUGGAAUCCAUCUGCAAAGGAUCAAUACGUUAACUAUCGAUAUAAUAGAUUCGCGUAUGUUGAAUAUACAGUGUCAUUGACUUCACGUCGAGCAUGCGACAACCAUGCUCUUUCGAUAAUCCAUGAUAGGGUACGAAUAAAUACGUCUAUAUUGAAAAUUGUUAUUGAAUAAAAUAAGGAUUGAUA